CAGAGAUGGCUACAGUGUCUUUGAACUUGAUCGGAACCUUCAAAGGCCUCUCGCUUUCGAGCUCGUCGUCUUCGUUUCUACGAGGAGACGCGAAGCAGUCUAUGGCCGGGAGUGGCGCUGCCGUCACAUGUCCGGCGAGGUUGCCGAUGACAAUUGAGUCAGCUCAUAAGAAGGGUGCCGGAAGCACGAAGAAUGGACGGGAUUCGAGGGGGAAGCGGCUUGGCGUCAAGAUUUACGGCGAUCAGGCAGCGAAGCCGGGGGCCAUCAUCGUGCGGCAGUGCGGGACUAAGUUCCACCCUGGAAAGAAUGUUGGCUUGGGGAAGGACUUCACCAUCUUCUCGUUAAUUGAUGGAGUAGUAAAAUUUGAAAAGUUUGGACCAGAUAGAAAGAAGAUUAGUGUUUACCCAAGAGUUGAACAGCCUGAGAACCCAAACAGCUUCAAAGCAAGGAGAAGAGAGUACUUCAGGCUGCAGCGUGAGCGCAUGAAGGCAAGGAAGGAAGGUAUUUUUCCUCCUCAACUGGUACUGGCUUCUUCUGAAGGUGUUUCUCAAGCUUCUGUUCUUUCCUAAGAUUAAUGGCUCCUGUAUAUUGUAUGUUUAAUGGUACCUUUUCCAUUACUUUGUUCUUCUUUUUGAAAAGCUUAAAUUGAUGGUUGAAGAUUCAUAAUCAAUGCAUAAAUUAUCAU